GGGUGGUUCUGGUGUCCGGUGCUCGCGUCGGCAGCAGUCUUUUCUAGGUCUCGUUUACACCAUGAAGGCCAGCGGAUUGCUCCACCAUUAUGAGCUGGUGGGCCGAGCUCACCCCACAGAGCGGGAACCCCAUCCCAAGUUGUACAAAAUGUACAUCUUCGCCCCUGAUUACGUGACUGCCAAGUCUCGUUUCUGGUACUUCAUCAAGAAGAUGAAGAAGAUCAAGAAGACCACCGGCGAGGUCGUUUCCGUCAAGAGGGUGCCCGAGAAGAGCCCCGGAAAGGUGAAGAACUACGGUAUCUGGUUGAGAUACAACUCUCGUUCUGGUAUUCACAACAUGUACCGUGAGUACCGUGACGUGACGACCGAAGGCGCUGUCACCCAAUCGUACCGCGACAUGGGCGCUCGUCAUCGUGCCCAAGCUUCGUCGAUCCAGAUCAUCCGCGUCGAGCCCGUGCCAGCGGCCAAGACUCGUAGAGCUCACAUCAAGCAGUUCCACGAUCAGAAGAUCAAGUUCCCUCAUCCUUUCCCGAUCAAGAGGAACUUCCACGCUCAGCGUUUCGCUGCCAACCGUCCUGUUGUCAGGUUGCAGUAGGAGUGGAAAAUAAAAGAUCCUCAGGAAAAUU